AUGGCUGAUGAAGAAGAAGAAAAGGAAUACAGAUGGGAAACUGGUUAUGAAAAGACAUGGGAAGCAAUCAAGGAAGAUGAUCAUGGAUUAUUGGAAGCAUCAGUUGCAGAUAUCAUUCACAAUGCUAAGAGAAAGCGUCAGAUGGAAAAAAAGGUUGGUGCCAGAUUAGGAAUGAUGAGGCAUGUUUACAUAAUUCUUGAUGCUUCUGAAUCAAUGUCUAUUCAAGAUUUGAAACCAACUCGUUUUUUGUGUUCUUUAAAGCUUUUAGAAGACUUUAUUGAAGAAUUUUUUUACCAAAAUCCUAUAAGUCAGUUAGGUGUAAUUAUUACAAGGAAUAAAAGAGCAGAAAAAAUUAGUGAAUUAGCUGGAAAUUCUAAGAAACAUGUUAAGGAAGUACAAAAUAUGCAACAAAUAGCACCAGCAGGUGAACCUUCAUUACAAAACUCUAUAGAGUUAGCUUUAAAAUCAUUACGUCUUCUACCAUCACAUGCUAGCAAAGAAAUACUCAUAAUUAUAGGAGCACUUACAACCUGUGAUCCAGGAGAUAUUAAUGAAACUAUACAGAAUCUCAAGUCUGAUUGUGUAAGGUGCAAUGUGAUAGGAUUGGCUGCAGAAUUAUUUAUUUGUAAAAGAAUGGCAACAGCAACUGGUGGAGAGCAUGGUGUUGUACUGGAUGACAAGCAUUUCAAAGAACAGUUGAAUAUGCACAUAGAUCCACCACCAGCUGCUACUAGAUUAGAUGCUGCUCUUGUAAAAAUGGGUUUUCCUCAUCAUGCAUUACAUUCUUCUACGAAUGAUUCAGCUAUGGCAGUCUGCAUGUGCCAUGCAGAAAGUUCGGACGAGUCUGUUAAACUUAUUAGUACAGGAUAUCUUUGUCCUCAGUGUUUGAGCAAACAUUGUGAACUGCCUGUAGAGUGUAGAGCAUGUGGACUAACUUUGGUGUCUGCUCCACAUUUAGCUCGGUCCUAUCACUAUUUAUUCCCUGUUGAACCUUUCGAUGAAGUUGGAUAUAGUGGAACUCCUUCAACCUGUUAUGGUUGUCAGAAAACUUUGUCACAAAAAGAUAAAAAGGUGUACAUUUGUAAUAAAUGUAGUCAAACAUUUUGUUUAGACUGUGAAAUAUUUAUUCAUGAGUCUUUACAUACAUGUCCAGGCUGUGCUACAAAUCCGGAGACAUAUCAAAGAACUGCAGAGAGACCUUAA